AUGCCGUCCAAGCGCCGAGACGACGUCCAGCGGCGUCUCCACGCCCGCGCGCUCGGCGCGCGCUCCGCCGCGCAGUCCAAUUCCAGAAUCUUUCGCGCCGUCCCCCCGCGGCUGUGCGUCCCGGUCGAGCGCGUCGUCGACGCCCCGCGACGAAUGCUCGAGUGCGUGCUCCUGGGAUUUCUCUCGAGCGGCGAUCACGUGGUGAGCUACAGAGAGACGGAGCGCGGCGGGUGCGAAUUGGAAAUCUGGUCGUUUCAACCGAACGCGCGCGCAGAGUUGAUCGCGACGACACCCUUGUUCGAUUGCGACGGGUUCGGGGAGUUACAUCGCGGGAAUGGUGGAGGCAUGCGCGAUUCGGGGGCGUUGGAGGGGGUGAUGGGUCCGAGAGAUCCGGGCGGGGGAAUACGAGUGCACGUGUGCGAGAGUUGGGACGGAUCGACGCUGAUCGCGCACGGCGAAAUCAGGAGCGGUUCGAGCGAGGAAUUUCCGGGAAGGCGACCGGCGAAGCGGUGUGCGGUGACAGUGCUACCGAACCCGGCGAGCGUGCGGCGAGGGACCUCGAUUGCGGCGACGCACAUGAGUUACGUGAGCGCGGCGCAUUCGCCGUUUCAUCCGAGUUGGAGCGGGCUGGCGCCGGCGGCGACGCCGAGGGAGAGGGCGUUGGACAUUCGCUAUAGUGAAGGAGGCCCUGAAAGGGAGGACAUAGAUGAUCCGUACGCGUUUCAUGAUGAGAGCGAGACGAGUCCGAGGCGGAAGUCACGGAAAUCUGACGUUGUUCGACAUUUGGUGGAUAGCGGGAAAUUCACGCUGAACACCGCUGACGUGCUCCUGGCGGUAGACGUCGCGACGGCGACGUUAAAUCCGAGAGAUCCUCACGAUCGAUCACUCAUGGAGGCACAGUUGCCGUCUAAUAUGGGUGUGAGCGUCACGCCCGCGUGUCACUCACCCCUGGUGACAUGGCACGGGGUCUAUGUGAGCGAUCACUUGAGCAUCGAUAACGAGGACGUGUACGUGGAGGACCAAGGCGCGCUCGGAGAUACCGCGCCGUAUGUCUACGUAUCGGCGCUUCCAAGCUCGGUGCGCGUGUGUAUAAUCACUCCCUGGAUCGCGCUCGAGAUGGAAAAGGUUCUCAAGUCGUCCCUGAGAGCUGCGUUGGACUUCGGAUUCAGCGUGCGCGACUACGAGCUUCUUCCUCUUCAGAACUGUCUCGCCGAGACGAGCGGUGAGGAACCGAGUAUGCUCGUUGCCAUGCUGAGCGUGCUCGCGCCGAGCUCGUGGAACCAUCAACCGACGUGUCCUGGUCGAAUGCGCGUCGUGGUCACUCUCAUUGAGCGUCGUCUUGAUCGCACUCCGGGUGGAGGACAAGUCGUGUACAGCCACGAGCUCCCGGUUCACGCUGAGGGAAAACAACCGACUCCGGCGCUAUUGAACGCCGCUCGUGCGCACAUCAUGCAAGUGCGUAAAUCGAUCAUGAUUCCAACGCCUCGUUGGACCCGAAACGCGUCGACGAUGACGAACACAAAUGUGGUAACGCACGGCACUUCAGCGUCGACCAUCAAACACCCGACGUUGCCAGUCGCGAUCGUCGGCUACGGUAUUAGCGCGACGCGAGAGUGA